AUGCAGUGGUCUACAAUUACUCUCCUGGCGCUCUCUGCCCAGAUUCCUGCUGUUCUAGGCGGGAUUUCUUGCAAAUGCACUGGUUCAGCGGCCAAUCAGAAGACUGUUGGCCUCAUUACCCAGCAAUGCUGCAGCCAGGCCACCUUUAACGGAGCUGGUGAAUUGGGAGGAGAUUUCCUCAGCUCCAAGUCAGCUUGUGACUACACCAACAUCGAUGCAUUCAAAAACGUUCAGUUAUCGGAUGCCAAAGCGGGGUUCGAAGCCUGUUGUAAGAACACUAAUUCGGAUGGAUUUAGUGCUGCCACGGGUGGAGAUUGCACAUCAUCGUAG